ACGAGCUGCCAGCAGCUCACCGGGGAACAGGCAAGAGGCCACAGAAGGUGGCAUCAGCAACAGGCAUUCCACGGACGACAAUGUACUAACGUGGCCGCCAUGAGCAACACUCCGAGGUGGGCAGCCGUGCUGCUCCUCCUGGUAUUCUCCCAUCAGCUGGACACCUCUCUAGCCACGGCCCCCUCCUCGUUUCCAUCCGGAAACGCCUGGCAGCGAGCACUCUUCGGUCGCGAUUCGCGCAACCUGAUGCACCGCAGAGCCCCGUUCCCCAUUGCCGGAGAUCUGGACUUGAACGACUACCUGGGCGCUUAUUCCGCCGUGGAGCAGGAACCACACCAACCUGUUCCGAUGCCACAGCAGCUGCGCCAGCAGACCGAAGUUUACGGAAUUGUGGAGCCGCUGAUUGAGGACACGCCCUGCGCCGACCGCGCCUGUCUCCUCAACGAGGACUGCUGUCCCUCCGGGGUCUGCGUCAACACAUACGGCGAGGGAAAAUGCGUUUACGUGUUUGGGCGUCAGCGUGAUUUAUGCCAGCGGCAUGCUGAUUGUCCUCAGGGCAGCGCCUGCAUGCUGGUCGCCCAGGAGGGCAUCUGGAGAUGCGAGACGGAUGCGGAAUCGGGAGGAGCCACGUCGAUCCUGGAGGACAUAUUCGGGUUGAAGCAAAGGCAACCGCUGGGCAGCGAGUGCAGCAGCAGCAGCGACUGCCAGGUGAUCAAUGGCAUGUGUUGCCAGCAACAGCGGUUGCACCACCGAGCAGCCAUUAAGCUGAGCUGUGGCUAUUUCCGCGAUGCCUUCGACUGUGUGGACAUGGUCGGAACCGAGCACCACCGGAAUUAAGAAGCACACUCCCUCUGUAAAGAAGCUCAGAAAAUCGAUAACAGAUGAUGUACCAGAAAACUUAUUGAAGUAUAUUCCGAAGAAUUAUUUCAAUAUUGCAACAUACCCAAUUAUUAAACGAAUACAUAUCAAGUAAAAAUUGCUGUAGUUCAAAGCAAUUGGAUUUAAAUAAUCUGCUUAUGAAUAUUUAUUAUUACUCAAACGAUCUUAGAUAUCUAAAUGUGUUUUUAGUAGAAACUCCAAAUAUACUGACUGAGGCAUUCAAUGUUAUUUAUCAAAAGAAGGGAAUUUCAAUGAAACUUCACCAUAUUCAAGCAAAAGUUAAAUCGUUUCACAUCUAAAUGUAAAUCGAAUACAAUAAAGAAUUAGCAAAGAUCUGCAUUUUAACUCGAAAA